GUGCACAGCUUCCUUGAUUUGUCCUUGCUCAGAAAAUUGCUGUAUUUAUACAUUAAAUAUCUGAAUCUUGUUGGACCAGUUAUAUACCGACAUUAUGUCUCUUGCAGCAGAGGCUUUCGUCUCUCAGAUAGCAGCUGCUGAGCCAUGGCCUGAAAAUGCCAAACUUUACCAGCCCCUGAGGGAGGAUCAGAUCCUUCUGUCUGAUUGUGCUGCAUCCCUGGCAGUUCAGGCAUACCUACGGAUGUGUGGCCUACCAGUGCAAGUGUGUUGCCGUUCGAAUGCUGAGUACAUGUCGCCCUCAGGGAAGGUUCCUUUUAUCCAAGUUGGUAAUCAGGUUGUUUCAGAGCUGGGACCGAUAGUACAGUUUACAAAAGCCAAGGGUCACUCUCUGAGUGAUGGAUUGGAUGAUGUUCAGAGAGCAGAGAUGAAGGCAUAUAUGGAGCUUGUUAACAACAUGCUCCUUACAGCAGAGUUGUACAUACAGUGGUGUGAUGACGCUACAGCUGCAGAGAUCACAAGACCACGCUACAGUAGUCCAUACUCUUGGCCGCUUAAUCACAUUCUGGCUUACCAAAAGCAGUGGGAGGUUCGUCGGAAGAUGAAUGCUAUUGGUUGGGGAGGAAAGAACCUAGAACAGGUCUAUGAAGAUGUUAGUCAGUGCUGUCAGGCUCUCUCACAGAGACUUGGAACCCAGCCCUACUUUUUCAAUAAACAGCCAACAGAACUGGAUGCGCUGGUGUUUGGUCACCUUUUCACAAUCCUGACCACACGCCUCACUACUGAUGAGCUCAGUGAAAAGAUCAAGUCCUACAGCAACCUGCUCUCCUUUUGCCGACGAAUUGAACAGACUUAUUUUGAGGCGCAGGACAGAGACAUUCAGUUGGGGCACUAGUCAAAAGGGAUCUAACUUGUGUAAAAUCUUAGUUCAUGGCACUACCCCAACCUGGUCUGUAAAAAGUAUAAGAAGGUAAUACAGUGGUAAAAACAAGGUAAUUCUAAAGCUUUUAUCUCGUUCAAGAUUCAUUUUUCAGAAUUGUAUGUAUUUGAUAAAAGAAUUAGCUUGAACAGCACCAACGUUCCUUAGUAUUCCAACAAUAGUUUUCCACUUAUCCAUUCACUAAUGAGAUGCAAAGUUUGUUUAUUCCAUUGUGGUGAUCUCUGGUUUAUUAUUAUGUACAUGUAAGCACUUAC